AUGCCGUCGGUUGUAUUACCAUCUAAUGGAUCAUUAUCAAAUGGUCAUAGUCAUGAAUCAUCCAACCAUCCAACCACUACUUCACCUCCAUUUGAACCUAUCACUUCCAUUGCUAACGUUUCAUUCAUUGAUAAUCCUCAAUUAUUGACAUAUGAUGUCUUGGAAUUAUCCUAUGAUUUAUACCUUAAACUCUUUGGUGACUCAGAUGAAUCAAAGUCAGAUAAAUUCGUCUUGAUUAAAUUAUUAGGAGCUCCUGAUUAUUUCCAAACUUUCACCAUAUUCAAAAUAUCUACUAUCAACCAUCAAAGUUCAAAUCUUAUCAAUUUCAUCAAUAAUACAAACUUAUUACAUCAAUUCUCUAUUGAUAAUCUUACUUUAAAUUACGCCAUUAUAAAAUCAAUCCCAUCCAAUCAUAUCCCAACUUUAUCUCAAGUUUAUAUCUCGUUACCUAAUGAAAUCUAUAAAUUGAUUAUUGAUCAUACCAACCAAUCUAUAAAACAACAAUUCUUAACUCAAUAUCUUUUACAUAAUGGGAAUGUCGUCAAUAAUAACGAUCAUAUUAGAUUGAUUAAUGGGAAAGUUAAAUUAUGUGAACCUUUAUCUCAAGGGUUAGUGGGAGUGAGUACUAAUAUUGUGUUGAUUAAUCAUGAUACUGAUGAUGUCUAUCGCGAGAAUGGUGAUGAUGAAGAAGAGGACAGUGUUCAUAUCGAAUCUGAAGAUGAAGAGGAGGAAAAUGUUGAAGAGGACGACUUUUAUGCUGAUUUAGAUAAUGAUUUGGAUUUAUCAACUUAUUUACAAACCAAUUUACAAUUUGAAACCCCAUCAAAUCUUCCCACUUCUAAUGGAUCAAUUUCAUCAUCUCAUAAGUUUAAGAUUAAUCCAUUACCAGAAAAAUUACAUAUUGAAGAAUUACCUUCCGAUUGGUCUAAUGAAGAUUCAGAAUUAUUUGUUUUCAUAAAUACAUCAGAUUUAAUGAAAUUGAAUUUCCCCGUAUUCAAUGGUGAUUUAAUUCAAUUGAACUACGGUGAUCAAUCAUCAGAUUCAAUUAUUGUGAGAAUAUUUACCUUUGUUGAACCUCAUAAAUCUUUCUUAAAGAAUUAUAUCUACAUUUCCCCUAUUUUAUUAAUCAAUUUAAAUUUGAAUUUAAAUUCGAAAAUCACCCUUGAACCAAUUCAAAAAUCAUCCACAUCAACAACUUCAUUAAAUGAUUCUCUUCCUAUUGCAGAAUCAGUUACGAUUUCGAAAAUAUGUUCUCAAAUCACCAUGGAUAAAACUUUCCAACGUAAUUUCUUCUCCAGUUUGAAAACAAGUUUAUCAAAUCAAUUCAAAUGUGUCAAACAAGGUGAUGUGUUCCCUAUCGUACUCGAUUCAGUCUUAUCCAAAACCAUUUUCGAUCAUAUUAAUGAAACUUCAACUCCACAAUCCACCAAUGAUGAUGCUAUGACUGAUGAAAUUUCAACAAAUGAUGGGUUAGACGUUAUCCCCAUUGGAGAUCCUGAUUCAGUGGCAUGGUUUAAAAUCAAAUCUAUCACAGGGGAACAAACAUCUACUAAUCAAUUCAUCAUUGAUCCUUCCAAGACUUUAUUGGUUUCUUCCGGGGUGGAAUUCACCAGAUUACCCUUGAAUGAGUUUUAUAAAUGGUAUCAAUAUCUUAAUUUACCUCCUAUGUUUAAUUAUAAUACCAUCCCUCAUGAUUUCAAAUAUGCUAAGGAUUUUAAAAAGAUCUUACAAACAUGCUUAACAUCCAAGAUUAAUCUUAAGACUACCAUUCUUUUGAAUUCCUUAACCAGAGGGAUCGGAAAGACUAAUAUGGUUAGGAAUAUAAGUUAUGAAUUAGGGUUGAAUUUGAUUGAAUUGGAUUGUAUCGAUUUGAUUAACCCGGGUCAAGAAUUAAAAACGAUUGGGAUCUUGAGUGGGAAAAUUGAUAAAUUAUUAAUCAAUCAACCUAAUUCAAGUAUCGGUAAUUCAUCGUACAAUGUCAUUUAUCUUAAACAUAUUGAAAGUUUAUGUCCUUCAAGUGAUGAUAAUGAUCAGAAUUCAUCCAUUCAUACCUCAUUAUCAUUGAAGAUUAUCAAAUCUUUACAAGAUUAUCUCAGUAAAUAUCCUAAUUUAUCAAUUGUGAUGAGUUGUAAUAAUUACGAUAAAUUGAAUGAUAAUCUUAAAUCAUUAAUUAAAUUCACCAUCGAAUUCACCGUCCCUAAUGAGAAGGAAAGAUUACAAAUCUUUAAAUACUUGAUCCAAAAGGAAAACUCCUCCCAUCAUAAUCACGAUCAUCAUGAAAUCAACAACAUCAAUGAUUAUCCAUUCAUAAUUCGUAAGGAUAUAAAUUUCAAUAAUUUAGCCUUACAAUCAGCUGGGUUAACCCCUCGUGAUUUAAUCUCCAUCAUUAAAAAAUCAAAAAAAUCGGCCAUAAAAAGAUUAAUCAAAUUAUCAACUCAAUUGAAAACCCCUCUUCUCGAUCUUAUCAAUAUCGGAGAUGGUGGGGUUAUAACUUGGACCCCAGAAGAUUUCAACGAAGCCAUCAAUGAAGCUCGUAAUCAAUUCAGUGAUUCGAUUGGUGCACCUAGAAUCCCUAAUGUUAAAUGGGAAGAUAUCGGGGGGUUGGAUUUAGUUAAGGAUGAAAUUUUAGAUACCAUUGAUAUGCCUUUGAAACAUCCUGAAUUAUUCAAUAAUGGUUUAAAGAAGAGAAGUGGGAUUUUAUUCUAUGGUCCACCAGGAACAGGUAAGACCUUACUUGCUAAAGCUAUUGCCACUAAUUUCUCCUUGAAUUUCUUUAGCGUUAAAGGUCCUGAAUUAUUAAAUAUGUAUAUUGGGGAAUCAGAAGCUAAUGUUCGUAGAGUUUUCCAAAGAGCCAGAGAUGCUAAACCAUGUGUUAUUUUCUUUGAUGAAUUGGAUUCUGUCGCUCCUAAAAGAGGUAAUCAAGGUGAUUCCGGUGGGGUCAUGGAUAGAAUUGUAUCUCAAUUAUUAGCUGAAUUAGAUGGGAUGAGUAGUGAAGGUGGAGAUGGAGUGUUUGUGGUUGGUGCUACUAAUAGACCUGAUUUAUUAGAUGAAGCCUUGUUAAGACCUGGGAGAUUUGAUAAAAUGUUAUAUUUAGGUAUUUCUGAUACCAAUGAUAAACAAACUAAGAUUUUAGAAGCUUUAACAAGAAAAUUUAAAUUAGAUGAUGAUGUUAAUUUAGAUAAGAUUGCUGAAAAUUGUUCAUUCACAUUCACAGGGGCUGAUUUUUAUGCAUUAUGUUCUGAUUCAAUGUUGAAUGCCAUGACUCGAAUAGCCAAUGAAGUUGAUGUUAAAAUCAAACAAUUCAAUGAAAAUUUGAUUCAACAAGGUAAAGAAAUCAUCUCAACUCGUUGGUGGUUUGAUAAUAUCAGUAAAGAAGAUGAUAUUAAUGUGUUGGUUAAGAUGGAAGAUUUCUUAAAGGCACAACUGGAAUUAAUCCCAUCGGUUAGUGCUGAAGAAUUACAACAUUAUUUAAGAGUUAGACAAAAUUUCGAAGGGGGUAAAGAAAAAGCUAAAGGAGAGGAACAAGUUAAAGAAAUCACUUCUAAUGGUAAUGUGGAAGAUGAAAUUACCAUUGAUUUUAGUAAUGGUACAUCCAAUGGUAAUGCAAUCUAG